UCCUGUCAUGUGGUGCAUUCACUUCCUAUUGAUUCGCUCCGCCGCAGAUGACAGACUCUGCUGUAUCAUGUCGUCUUAGUUAGGCUCCACAGACUACUAUCUACCACAUUAAACAUGUUAUUUCACUGUAAAUUUAAUCGUUGCUCGGCUCUGAAGCUGGUUCUUUGGUUUGUGGCGUGUCUGGGUUGUUUGUCGGUCCGGUCUGGAGCGGAGGAGGACAGCAGCCCGUGGUACCAGGACCUCUGCAGUUAUAAAUGGGAGGCCAUAGACCAGGAUAAUAAAGUGAGCUACACGCUAAAGCUCUGUGAGUCUUCACCAUUAACCAGCUGUGGCCCCGCCACCGCUGUCUGCGCCCGAUACCUCACCAGCAAAGCGGACCAGUCUGUCGGUGAGCUGUCCCUGCAGAAGCUCUCUGGCACGGUGCUGGAUUACAACAGCACAGAAAAAUGUCCGGGAAGCAACAACCGCAUUCAGGCCAGCAUCAGCUUCCAGUGUGGAAAAACCAUGGGGACCCCGGAGUUUGUUGCCGUGUCUCAGUGUGUGCAUUACUUUGAGUGGAGGACCUUCGCUGCCUGCAAGAAAGAUAAAUUCAAACCACCCAAAGAGGUGCCCUGCUAUGUGUUUGACUCGGACGGUAAGAAGCACGACCUCAACCCUCUGAUCAAAGUGAAAGAUGGCUAUCUGGUGGACGACGGUGACGACACCAUCGAUUUCUACAUCAACAUCUGCCGGAGUCUCAACCGACCAAACCAAACGUGUCCAGAGGACUCUGCAGCCUGCCUGGUCACCAGUCAGGGCUCCUACAACAUGGGCUCUCCUACCAGACAGCUGGAGCUGCUGUCCAACGACAGACUGAGGUUACAGUAUGAAGUCAGUGCCGGUCCGUCUCGUCCACCCAUCUGUAAUGGACACGAUCCUGCCGUCACCAUCACUUUCAUCUGUCCAUCGAGCAGGCAUUCAGGCAGCUCUCCUAAAAUGACAGCAGCGUCGAACUGUCGUUACGAGGUGGAGUGGGUAACUGAAUACGCAUGUCACAGAGACUAUCUGGAGAGCCAUACCUGCAAACUCACCAGCAAACAGCACGACAUCUCCAUCGACCUAACGCCUCUCAUGUUGACCUCUACAGACCAGCCGUACUAUGCACACUCUGGGCCCAGUGACGGGGAUGACGGCUACACCUACUACCUGAACGUGUGUGGAAAGAUCACUACCAAUGAAUGUGGCGAUACGCCGUUUGUAUCGUCCUGCCAGGUGAAGAAGACUGGAGACGUGAAGAAGGUGGCUGGGAAAUUUGAGAACCAGACACUACGUUAUUCAGACGGGGAUCUGACUCUAAUCUACCCAGAUGGCAGCAGAUGCUCUACCGGCUUCCAGAGAAUGACCAUCAUCAACUUUGAAUGCAACAAGAAUGCAUCUAACAGUGGGCAUGGGACUCCAGUUUUUGCGGGGGAGACAGACUGCACUUACUACUUUGACUGGGAGACGGCAUUCGCCUGCGUCAAGGAGAAGGAGGAUCUGCUGUGUCGAGUCAGAGAUAACCACAAACAUUACGACCUUUCACCCCUCACAAGAUACCCCGGGUCAGAUGUCGGUGGGAACUGGGAGGUUGUGGAUGCUAAAUCUCCAAAGCCGGACUCCCGUUUUUACCUGAAUGUCUGUCACAAAGUCCUCCAGACAGGAGCGGCUGCCGGCUGCCCCCUGAAUGCCUCCAUCUGUGCCGUGGAUAAGGUUCAUGGGGCCAUCAGUCUGGGCAGCUUCCUGUCAUCUCCCCAGAGGACAAAAAUAGGAAAUGACAUCAGACUGGUCUAUACUGAUGGAAGUUUUUGCAUCAAUAAAAAGACAAGGAUCCAAACUAUCCUGACCCUCAAGUGCAAACCAGGAGAUCUGGAGAGCGCUCCUGUCCUUCGUAGCGUUUCGUCUGACAGGUGUGUUUACGAGUUGGAGUGGUACACCGCUGCCGCCUGCGUCCUCUCGAAGAUUCAAGGAGACGACUGCAAGGUGGAGGAUCCUCAGGCUGGGUUCUCUUUCGACUUGUCGCCUCUCUCCAAAGCCGAAGGUGGCUUCUACAAUCUGACCAGCGACCACUAUGACUACUACAUCAAUGUCUGUGGUGCCGUCAAAACUGCCAGCUGUCCUGAAAAGUCCGGAGCAUGCCAGGUGGAAAAGAGUUCAUGGAGUCUUGGGAAAGCAAACUCCCGUCUGUCGUACUACGACGGCCUGAUCCAGCUGACCUACAGUAACGGCUCCCAGUACAACAACAAAGAACACACUCUCAGAUCCACACUCAUCUCCUUCCUGUGUGACCCAGAAGCCGGAGCCGGAAAACCCGAAUUCCAGGUCGAGGACAAAUACACUUACAACUUCCGCUGGUAUACAUCCUACGCAUGUCCCGAACGGCCUCAUGAGUGUUUGGUGACCGAUCCCGACACUCUUGAGCAGUACGACUUAUCCAGCUUGUCACGCUCCACCUCCGGUAGCAACUGGCAGGCUAUGGAUUUGUCGGACACCUCAAACCUGAAGAAGUACUACAUCAACAUAUGUAGGCCUGUCAACGCUGUACCAGGCUGCGACCGCCAUGCGUCCAUCUGCCAGAUGAAGUACAUAUCCGAGCAGGGCUCUCCGAAGGAGGUUGUAUCGGUCAGUAACAUGGGUAUCUCCAAGCGAGGGCCGAUCAUUGAGGGGCGAGGCCGUCUGCUGCUGGAGUUCACAGACGGCUCGGUCUGCAUGUCAGACGGCCAGAAGCUCACAUACACAACACGCAUCCACCUGGUCUGCUCCAAAGGAACUGUGUCAAUGGGGCCGCGGUUCCUGGUGUACCAGAACUGUACUGCCAACUUCAUGUGGGAGACCAGGGCAGCCUGUGCCAUCAAUACCAUGGAGAACAAUAGCUGUUCUGUGGUGGACCCCAACUCUGGCUUUGAGUUCAACCUUCAGCUUUUGGCUUCUAAGACUGGGUACAAGACAAAUGCGAACGGCAAGGACUUCCUGGUGAACAUCUGCUCAGACAUGGCGGAAUGCGGUAAGGGCAUGGCUGGCUGUGCGCUGGAAGAAGGGCAUCCCUCCAGCCCAGUGGGGGUGGAGAAGACACUCCAGUACUCCACCGAUGGACUUCUCACACUAACGUAUAAGGGAGCCCUGGACGAGCCCACAGCAACUCGGGACACCUUCACCAUUAAUUUUGUGUGCGAUCCAAACUCUCACCCUGGCUCAUUGAAACUGCUUCGUGAGGACUUGAGUUCUUUACCUCAACACGUGGUCCACGACGUCUUCUUUGAGUUCUCCACUGCUCUGGCCUGCAUACCUGCUCCAGUUGACUGCCAGAUCAUUGAUUCCCAUGGUAAUGAGUACGACCUGAGUCACCUGAUCCGGGAUGGAGAGGACAGCCCCUGGAUCGCCAUAGAUACAGAUGCUGUCAAAUCACGCAGCUUUUACAUCAACGUCUGCAAACCUCUUCCUACUCUGAACAACUGUCCAGUGGGUCCUUUGGGUGCUUGUGGCGUGUUUGAUGGGAAGAGUUACAACCUGGGUUACGUCCAGUCCAGACCGCAGGUGGCGGAGGACGGCUCCAUCAGCAUCGUGUACCAGAACGGAGACCAGUGUGGUUCCGCAUCGCGCUACUCAACGCGCAUCAUCUUACAGUGUGAUGACAACCCAGGCUCGCCCAUGUUUGACCGUAUAGAUGGUUGUGAAUAUGUCUUUAUCUGGAGGACAUCUGAGGCCUGCCCCAUUACGAAGUCUCAAGGUGAUAACUGCCGUGUUCGUGACCCCAAGAGUGGCUUUGAGUUUAACCUGAGCUCCCUGAAGGGUCAAGAUUACCCCAUCCGCAGUGAUACCUAUAUCUACCACCUGUCGGUGUGCGGGGGGCUCAAGAGUGGCAUCUGCACCCACAAAGACACAGGCAGUGAAUCUGUCUCCUCCUGCCAGGUGAAGGGAGAAAACCACAAGAUUGCAGGAUUUGCAAACCAGGUUCUGAGUUACGUGGGAGACCAGCUCCUCCUGAACUACACUAAUGGAGAGGUCUGUCACAAGAUAUACAAUAGAUCCACCGAGAUCUACUUCUCCUGCCACCCUGACAGGAAUCCUGGAACGCCAGAGUUCAUCAAGGAGACCCCAGACUGUACCUACCUGUUCAGAUGGCCCACUGCUCUGGCCUGCAUCCCAGUCAAAACCAGCAGCUGCUCCUACAAUGAUGAUCAGGGCCACUCGUACGACCUCUCCCCGCUGGCUAUGAACUCUCGAAACUGGGAGGUGGAGCACCAAACGGGGGACACGAAGACACGUUUUUACAUCAACGUCUGCAGGUCACUGGUGCAGCAGGAAGGUCCAUGGAAGUGUCCCUCCAGUGCGGCGUCCUGUGUGAAGGUUGGCGAUGACUAUGUGAGUCUGGGGCAGGUGGAGUCUGGUCCUACAUGGGAAGGACAUGUUCUGAAGCUGCAGUACACCAGCGGCCAGGCGUGUCCCGAUGGAAGCCGCAACAGGAGCAGCAUCAUCCGCUUCAAGUGUGACAAAGACAAAGUGGACUCCCGGCCUACUCUGAUCUCGGCCAUUGAGGACUGUGUGUACACCUUCCUCUGGUUAACAGCUGCUGCCUGCCCUCUAAACAGCACCCAACACAACAACUGCAUGGUCACCAACCCUGCUACAGGUCAUUUGUUUGAUCUCAACUCCCUGACAAAGGAAGGAGGUUACACUGUGUACGAUAAUAAGGAACACAGGAAGAUGUUCCGCAUGAACAUCUGUGGAAGCGUUGCCAAUGCUGGAUGCAGCCCUGAAACAGCUGUGUGUAUUAAGGAUGCCACGACUGCGGUGAGCGGCGGGCAGGUGAGCAGCAAACUCUCAUACAAGGAUCACGUUGUGGAGCUGACGUACGAAGAAGGAAGUUCCUGCCCAGCAAACCCCAACCUCAAACACAAAACCAUCAUCAACUUCAUCUGCAGGCCAGCUAACAUGGGCUCGGCCCCUUCAGAGCCUGUUCUCAUCGACACAGACGCUGAGACUUGCACACACUUCUUCUCUUUCCACACACACCUGGUCUGCGAACAGCAAGUAAAGUGUUCGGUCCAGAGCAGCUCUGCUCUUAUUGACUUGACUCCCCUGAUUCAUGUCAGUGGAUACUACACAGCAACAGACGAGACAGUGGACGUAAGUGACGGAUCUCCAGACUUCUACAUCAACAUCUGUCAGCCUCUAAACCCCAUCCCCGGGGUCACCUGCCCCGCUGGAGCUGCCGUUUGUAUGGAUCCUGAUAAUGGACCUCCUGUGGACAUUGGGCGAACUACCAGCGGCCCUGAAAUCAAUACAGCAACAGGGGAAGUGUUCAUCACUUACAGCAGCUCCACCAAGUGUGCGGCAGAUCCCACACAGAACUACAAUUCGACCAUCAUCUUUACCUGCCAGAGAGGCCUGGAGCUGGGCUCUCCACAAAUGCUGAGGCUGCAGAAAUGUGUCUAUUUGUUUGAGUGGGCGACCCCUAUAGUCUGUUCAGACGCCACCCACACAAACGCCAGCGGUUGCCAGCUCACAGACUCCCAGCUCCAGUUCACCUUUGACCUGUCCACCCUCUCUGGUGAUGUCCAGGUACCGGCGGGCUCCAGCAUCUACCACAUCAAUGUCUGCGGCUCCGUGGCAGAGCCGGCCUGUAAAAAGAGCACAGUUUGCCGGGUGUCUGGUUCUGGUUCAAACAAGUCAGCCUCAUCGUUUGGCAUCAGCAAGGCCAUGACGAUGGACUUCAAACAUGACGAGCAGGCCGUACUGAUGCAGUACGGUGGAGGAGAUGCAUGUCCACCAGUGACCAAUGAGGGUGAAGUGUGUGUGUUCCCCUUCACUCUCAUGAAGAAGUCGUACACAGAGUGCACCAAAGAGGGAAGGACAGAUGGCAAGAUUUGGUGUGCGACCACUGCCAACUAUGACACGGACAAGAAGUGGGGAUUCUGCAAUGCAGUUUCUAGUAAGCGUCAAUCCUCCAUACUGUUUACCUGCGACCAGUCUGUAGGCCACGGCUCGCCACAGCUGCUCUCGGAGACGGAGGGUUGUUUGGCCACUUUUCAGUGGCGCACCAGUGCUGUUUGUCCACCGGUGAAGAUGGAGUGUAAGCUGGUCAGCCAGCAUCAGACCUUUGACCUCCGAACCCUGUCCUCCCUCACUGAGCCUUGGAAGUUUAGCCACCGAGGAGAUUCGUAUUAUAUCAACCUGUGUCAGGGCAUCCACGGUGGGUUGCCAGAUUGUCCAGCAGGAGCAACCGUGUGCCGACGCUCAGCAGCAGGAGUGACCCAGACCCUGGGCCGAGUCUACACUCAGAAAAUGAGCUACACUGAUGGAAAGAUCUCUGUCAGUUACUCAGCAGGGGACGCUGUCUGUGGUAACGGCGUGAAGGCCAAGACUGUGAUCCAGCUGAGCUGUGGCUCCACUGUUGGACAUCCAGCACUCAUCAGUGUUGAUGAAGCUUCAUGUGAGUUUGUGAUUGGCUGGGAGACUCGCUCGGCGUGUGCGGUGAAGCAGCGUGAGGUGGUGAUGGUGAAUGGGACGAUACAGCUUCCUGACACUGGAGCCAGCCUCAGUCUGGGAGCGCUCUACUUCAGCCAGCAUCAGGCGUCCGGAGACAUCCGUCCAAACGGCGACCGCUACAUUUACCACAUUCAGUUGUCUGGCAUCACCAACAACUCCCUGCCCAAGUGUCUCGGUGCCAACAUCUGCCAGGUCAAACUCGACGCGCCCUACAGACGCAGGAUUGGCUCCUCCAGCAAGGCCAAGUACUACAUUAAAGGAGGAAACCUAGAUGUGAUAGUGUCCUCUGAGUCAAUGUGUGGGCGAGAGAAAACCAAAAUGGUGUCCUCCACCAUCAUGUUCCAUUGUAACCCCUCGGCCGGCGUCGGCAUCCCCGAGUUUAUGCUGGAGACGGAUGAAUGCCAGUAUCUGUUUGUGUGGCACACCGACGCUGUGUGUGGUCUCACAACUAUUAACGCACAGACAGAUGAAGGCGACAGCAGCGAGACUUCAGCCGGGCGAAGCAAGGCGGCGGGGGUGAUGCUGAGCAUCCUGUUGGUGGGUCUGUGUGUCUGUCUGCUGGGGCUUUUACUCCACAAGAGAGAGAGGAGAGAGCUGGUGAUCCAGAAGGUUGCUGGCUGCUGCAGGAGAGGAAACCAAGUCUCCUAUAAAUAUUCAAAGGUCAACAUGGACGACGAAGGGGGUGAAGAAGAGAUGGAGUGGCUGAUGGAGGAGCUUGAAGCCCCUCCCAUCUCCUCUUCCUCAUCUACCCACCGAGGGAAGGGUAACCACGGCAACGGUCACAUCAAAACCAAGCCGGUGAACACGGACGGCCUGCGUUCGUUCUCGCUGGACGAGCAGGACGAGGACGACGACAGCGAGGACGAGGUGCUGAGCGUCCCGGGGGUGCGGGUGGUCAAAGCGGCCGGGCUCUCCAGGCACUCUUCAGCCCAUCGCAGCCCCUUCCUUCGGGAGGAGAGCGACGAGGACCUGGUCGGCCUCCUGGACGAGUCGGAGAGGAAGAGGAAGAGCAAGAGCAGCAAGCCUCGCUACUCAGGCCUUAAUCACGGUAACGACACGGCAGGCAAUAGGAAACGGGACGAGGAUGACAGUGACGAGGACCUCCUCAGGGUGUGAUGUCACUUCCUCCAUCCCCCUCCUCCCGACAACCAAUCUGAACUCUUCUCUCUCUCAGUGAAUGUC